AUGAAAGACCCGAGCUUAAAAAUAGGAGCAAAGAUGUUUUUGGAUUGGGCUAUGGUGUCUGUACUAUUUGUAACAUUCCGCUGGGGUCUCCUGGAGAAGAAGAUGUUAGCCAACCUCCACCGUCUGCAGGCCACCACCUGUACGUGGCUGGUGCAGGUAGUGGCACGUGCUACCAUUGUCGGUAAUUACGAACCAAACACUAUGAUGCAAAUAGACAUGCCACUCACCACCCCACCGCCAGAUACAUUGAGAUGCAUUCCAGAGUUUGUAUUGGAGAAUGUUGUUGUAUUGAUAACAAAGUCCCGUCGUACUGUGGGCACUAUCACCGACGAAGCGGACAUGGCCGGGUUAUUACAACCUGCCCUCACGCUUGUAUUAACAUACAUGGGUGAUUCAACACGAAUAUACAACCCGCAUUUGAGGAUACGUUUGGCUGAAUGUCUGGAAGCAAUGUUGCCGAACCAUCCUGAUGAUCAACAGUCACUCAGUAACAUCGCCUUCUUCUAA